AUGUUGGACAGUAACAAGGACUCGCUGAAGCUGGAGGCCAUGAAGAGAAUAGUAGCUAUGAUUGCCCGGGGGAAAAAUGCGUCGGAUCUCUUCCCAGCUGUGGUCAAGAAUGUGGCCUGUAAAAAUAUUGAGCUGACAAGAGGUAAACAGGCUUUCACACAGCAGAUUGAGGAGACCAAGAGGCAAAUUGAGGAGGAGGUCAAGGCCAAGAAUGCCCUUGCUCAUGGACUCCAGUCAGCUCGUCACGAUUGCGAUCUGCUCAGGGAACAGUUUGAAGAGGAGCAGGAGGCCAAGGCUGAACUUCAGCGUGGAAUGUCUAAGGCCAACAGCGAGGUUGCUCAGUGGAGAGCCAAGUAUGAAACUGAUGCUAUCCAGCGCACUGAGGAGCUUGAGGAAUCCAAAAAAAAGCUUGCUCAACGGCUCCAAAAGGCCGAGGAGCAGAUUGAGGCUGUCAACUCCAAGUUUGCUUCUCUGGAGAAGACCAAACAGAGGUUGCAGAGUGAGGUUGAGGAUCUCAUGAUUGAUGUGGAGAGAGCUAAUGGUCUUGCUGCCAACCUUGACAAGAAGCAGAGGAACUUCGACAAGGUCCUGGCUGAAUGGAAGCAGAAGUUUGAAGAGGGUCAGGCAGAGCUUGAGGGAGCUCAAAAGGAGGCCCGCUCAAUGGGAACUGAGCUUUUCAAGAUGAAGAACUCCUAUGAAGAAUCUCUUGACCACCUGGAGACCAUGAAGCGCGAAAACAAGAACUUGCAGCGUGAGUUUACAAUGGAGAUUUAUUUACAAUAG